AUGAGUGCGUCCAAGGAGAGGUUGUCGUCUCGACAUGCCAGUUCCGUCUGGACCUCCUCGCGCAGUCCUCUUCUGAAUAGCGUACUGAGUGCCGGCUCAUUCCAUCAGCUGGAUGCUGUUACAGUCCGGAAGACGGCUGUAGCCCACUCCAACACUCUCCCAGUCARCAGAGAAAUAACCGUGGCAACCUUGGACCUCUCAAUAAACGGUGAUUAUGAUGCCCUGAACCAUGCUGCCCUGAAGUUCACCGACAAGAAGGGCACCAAGCCCAUGAGACUGUGGAGAGAACUAACUGAACAGAGAGAGGAAGAAACCAUCAACUCUGGUUGUGCACUUAACAAGGAUGUAAUCCAACCAGACCCUGUGAUAGUUACACAACUGGGACAAAGUGUAUCUCUCACUUGCUUUUGUCGAUCUCAUUUGAUCAGAGUCUCUUGGUACAAGCAAACUGUUGGAGAGAAGCCUCUUAUCAUGGCAUCAUCAUUUUAUCACACUCAAAUUAGUUUUUAUUCCAACAACUUUAACAAAGACUUUACUGAGACUAAACGUUUGAGUGUGAAGAGAGGAUUUGACAGCUGUAACCUAACCAUCUCCAAGACAAAGUCAGGGGACUCAGCUACAUACUACUGUGUUAGUUUGUUAGCGAGGGAAGCCACAUUUGGAGAAGGAACUGUUUUAAUUGUCAAAGACUCAGGGUCCAACCACAUGUCUGUGCUCCAGCAGCCUGUGUUCGAAUCAGCCAAGGCAGGAGACUCUGUAACUCUAAACUGUACAAUACACACUMAGACCUGUGCAGGAGAACAMAGUGUGUAUUGGUUCAGACAUGGCUCAGGAAAAUCYCAUCCAGGAAUCAUUUACACCCAUGGAGACAGKAGUGAUCAGUGUGAGAAGAGMCCUGAGGCUGGGUCUCCWACACAGAGCUGUGUCUACAACCUCCCCAAGAGGAACCUCAGCCUCUCUGAUGCUGGGACUUACUACUGUGCUGUGGCCUCAUGUGGGGAGAUACUAUUUGGGAACGGGACCAAGCUGGAUGUUGAAGUUUCAGACCUGUUGGGUGAUCAGAGUAAUCUUAUUUUCCUCAUCAUUAUAUCUUGCCUGACAACUACUGUGAUUCUGAGUGUGAUUGUCAACGUUAUCCUCUUUGUGAGAAUGAAGAGGUCACGAUGUGAACACUGUGCAGCUGGGACCCCUUUUCAACAAAGCCACUAUGGGAAUCCUCAUUCCAACACCUCAGACCAACAGGUUAGCUGGAUCAGUUCCACUGUGUCAAGAAUGGGUCUGGAUAAGCAAAAGAGUACAGCAUUAGAUUUGACCGAGAGUCUGAAUUGA